GGAAAAAAGAAUUGGGAAACCUCCUCCUCUUAAAAACAAAAAUGAGUCGAUUUUGACCCUUUUAUUUCCGAAAACUUUGCUCCCUUUCUACUAUCUGUUUUUAUCUAUUUAAUCAAAAGGUUGGAUUUCUUCAGAUAGGCGCCAUGAUCAGCAUCCUUUCUCAGGAACGUCUACUUGGCGCUAGCCUAGGAAUUAUAUUCACUGGUGUGAUUAUUUUCGAGCAACGCAGAGACAUCUACAACACCAUUGCACUCAACCAACCUCCCAAUUCUCAGAUUAAAGAGACUUAUCGUGAAAAGAAAUCUCAAUUCGAGAUUUCGCAUUAUUGGAAUAAAGCAGUGGACCAGGCUUUUAAACCAGCAAUCCAGGUUCUUGGCUAUCGAAAAUGGUAGGGAUGCAAGAGUCAAUACCAACUACAAGACUAGUGCAGGAUUAUGUUUUUCUUCAUGAAGUAAGAGCUUUAUAUACUAUCACGUUCUUGACUUAGUGGUAUUAAUAACCAACUAUCAAUUUAUUAGUUAGUUUUUUAUCCAGUCAAGUCGUCCCUUGCAAAUUUCACCAUUUUUCUGAUAUACAGAGAAAUUAUGAGUAAUUAAACCCAUUUUCUUCUA